AUGAAGCUGUCAAUCUUUGUUUCCGCCAUUACCCUCGUCACGAGUGCACUCGCAGGAGCUGUUGAGCUUCCUGCUGGUGUUCCUCGAAGCGUGGAUGAGUUUCGUGAGAAACACCAAUACACGCCGCCAUCCAAGCGCAGUCACCGCAAGGUGUUUACCAUCAGGGCCUCCAAGAACGAUCAUGAUGAUGUUUCGUCUGAGUUCUACAAGGGCUUGAAGAGAGCGAACAAGGGAGGUACACUCCACUUGACCAAGGGACAUACAUAUGUCAUUGGCAAGCCUCUUGACUUGACCUGGCUGGAUAAUGUCCAUGUUCAUCUUGAUGGAGAAAUCAAGUUUACCAAUGACACUGGAUACUGGCAGAAGAACUCCUUCACCCAUCCUUUCCAGAACUCGAUCAUGUUCUGGAAGUGGGGAGGCAAGAACAUCAAGAUCUACGGUAACGGAGUGCUGAACGGAAACGGUCAGCGAUGGUGGAACGAGUUUGCCGGUAAAGAGAUUCUGGACAAGACGAACCAGUACCUCCGUCCCAUUCUCUUCUACGCCGAGAACGCCACCGGUCUGGAUAUUCAAGGAAUUCACUUCAAGGACUCGCCGUGCUGGACCAACUUUGUCGUCACCUCUAAGGACAUCUCUUUCAAGGAUGUUAUCUGCACGGCUCACUCCAACAACGCCACAUCUCUGCCCAAGAACACCGAUUUCUUUGAUUCUUUGAAUGUCGAGCAUCUCACGGUUGAGCGUGCCUGGGUUGAUAUUGGUGAUGAUUGCUUUUCGCCCAAGAGCAAUGCUUCGGAUGUUUAUGUCAACACCAUGUACUGCAACGGAACUCACGGACAAUCUAUUGGAUCUCUUGGUCAGUACAAGGGCGAAAAGUCCUUUGUCAAGGACGUCGUCAUCGAGAAUGUCUGGAUGCUCAACGGCCAACACGGAGCCCGCCUCAAGACCUGGGCCGGCCCUGACGUUGGCUACGGCUUCAUCGACAACGUUACAUUCCGAAACUUCUGGGGUGGUAACAACGAGUACACUGCCUUCAUCGACUCGUGCUACUUCAACAUCGACGAGGCAACAUGUGCCAAGUACCCCUCGCAGAUGAACAUCACCAACAUCCUCUUCGAGAACUUUACCGGUUACUCAUCCGGCAAGUACGGCGAUGCCAUCGCGAGGUUGACAUGCAGCAGCAACCCCAACGCCGUGUGUGAGAACAUCAAGUUCAAGAACUUUGACAUCAAGACGCCUUGCGGCGGAAAGCCUGUUGUCAUCUGCGAUGGUGUUUCAGACAUUGGCAUGGAUUGUGUGAGUGCGACCAGCAAGGAAGCCAAGGCGGCAUUGGCGAACAAGUGCACUGCCCCUGCGGCUUCUGGCGACAAGGAAGCCUACUUUAAGAGCAGCGAGCGUGACUGGGACGACAAGUACGAAGCCAAGAUCGGAACGGCGACUAAAAUCAUCAAGUUUGGAUCCGAAUUCAUCUUGAAGAUCGCCACGUCGACGACAUCUUGGCCCUUGGACCUGGCGUCUAUGGAAGCCUUUGGUAAUUCAUUUUUGAGUACAAAGACGUCAGCUACGGCCGUCGUCCGUCUAGCAAAGGCAUGCCCCAAACUCAGGAGGAUCGAGCUCCAAGCUACAACUAAAGUCAGCGAGGAUGCCCUCCUCGCCUUAUUCGAGAACUAUCCUGCCCUGACGUACCUUGAGCAGAGCGGCAUUUCCCGUGGGAACGAUAUCACCGGAACGUCUCUUAAUGCCCUACGGGAGAACCCGGAGUGGGCGCCUAAGCUAAGGACGCUCAUCCUCGGCGAAAAGGAUAACAAGAAGGAGUUCAUAAAGGCCAUACGCGCCUUAGGUAAGGAGAGGCAGGCCAUGACAAUCACCCUGGUCAGUCGAUCUGAAGAGAAGAAGUGGGGAGAUUGGGAGUUGGUGACGAUGAAGCAAAACUAUAAGAAGGGGCGUAAGCACGGCGACGUCUACGAUGACGACCAUUUCGAUCCCUUCUACAGCCGCUACAACCGCUUCUGGUAA